GUCUCAAGACAAGAAUGGACAAAAUCAAUACAACAGAUUUAUAUGAUGGAAAUGACUGCUUUUAUGACAUCAACUAUGACGACAUGUACAAUGACUAUUCUGCUAAGUUGAGAAAGUCUCUCAACAUCAUGUCUGUCGUUGUUUACUGCCUGGCCUUCGUUCUUGGUGUGCUCGGGAAUGGAGUGGUUAUCUGGGUGACCGGGUUCAAGAUGAAGAAAACAGUUAACACAGUUUGGUUCCUCAACCUUGCUGUGGCCGACUUCCUCUUCACAGCAUUCCUCCCCCUGACAGUGACAUACACAGCCAUGGAUUUCCACUGGCCUUUCGGCAACUUCAUGUGCAGAGUUAAUUCCACCUUAACCUUUCUGAACAUGUUUGCCAGUGUCUACAUCCUGAUGGUGAUCAGUGUGGACAGAUGUGUGUCUGUGGUGUGGCCUGUCUUGGUCCAGAACCACAGAAAUAUACGCAAGGCAUCUUAUGUGAGUCUAGGUGUUUGGUUACUGGCUCUGAUUCUCAGUGCUCCAUACUUUGUCUUCAGGGAUACUUUUACGUAUAGUGAUAACACCACCCUCUGCUUCAACAACUUUGUUCUUUCUGAUGAUUCUGAAACAGGAAAGUUUCGACAUCAGGCCAUGGCCAUCACCAACUUCCUCCUGGGAUUUGUUGUCCCCUUCACUGUCAUUGUCUCCUGUUACACUGUGAUAAUCCAUCAUCUCAGGAGGAACUGCACCCUGGCCAGCAAGUCGAAUCGCCCCUUUAAGAUCAUCGCUGCUGUUAUCACCACUUUUUUCCUGUGCUGGGCUCCUUUUCACAUCAUGCGUCUAUUAGAGUUGGAUCAUCACACGCGUUCUAAAACAUUUGGCUAUGUCCUCUCUAUUGGAUCGUUGGUUAACUUGUGGUACCAAAAAGACAUGUCAGUUUCUGAUGCUCAGAACCACAGAAAUAUACGUAAGGCAUCUUAUGUGAGUCUAGGUGUUUGGUUACUGGCUCUGAUUCUCAGUGCUCCAUACUUUGUCUUCAGGGAUACUUUUACGUAUAGUGAUGACACCACCCUCUGCUUCAACAACUUUGUUCUUUCUGAUGAUUCUGAAACAGGAAAGUUUCGACAUCAGGCCAUGGCCAUCACCAACUUCCUCCUGGGAUUUGUUGUUCCCUUCACUGUCAUUGUCUCCUGUUACACUGUGAUAAUCCAUCGUCUCAGGAGGAACCGCAACCUGGCCAGCAAAUCGAGUCGCCCCUUUAAGAUCAUCGCUGCUGUUAUCACCACUUUUUUCCUGUGCUGGACUCCUUUUCACAUCAUGCGUCUAUUAGAGUUGGAUCAUCACACGCGUUCUAAAACAUCCGGCUAUGUCCUCUCUAUUGGUCUGCCUAUAACCACCAGCUUGGCCUUUCUCAACAGUUGUCUGAACCCACUGCUGUAUGUGUUCAUGGGCCAAGAUUUUAAGGACUUAGUUCGCAAAUCCAUCCUGAAAAUAUUGGAGACUGCCUUCCAGGAAGAGGUUUCUCACUCAUAUACUCACACAAACUUAACGGUCACCAGUCGGAGUAAAGACAUGUCAGUUUCAGAUGUUCAGGUAUAAGGUUGUUCACGACAUGAAUAAACAAAUACUGUAACUGUAUACAGGAAAUAAUUUUCAUACAAAUGUAGCAUUUUUUAACAGCUUUCCCAUUAUGUCCUGUUCUUCUGAUGAGUUCCA